AGUUCUCAAAUUUCAAGUGUUGUUGAUUUGAGAAUGUUGUAAAUGUUGGGAGAAGUGUUCGUUUUUGUGUGUGGAUUUCUGCAAAAUUGAACGCUUUAGAGCCCGAAAAUAGAUUGCUGAGUGUUAUAGAGAGCGUGUCCUUCAUUUGGCGGUAAAAAUUGUGAAAUCGUAGACGGUAUAACUGGUAAAACUCGACGCGGACGUUCAAGUACGUUUGGGAGAGUAAAACGCGUUAUAUAUUUUCUAGCUGCAUGAACGUCGGUGGUUAGAAAAAAGGGAUGGCACACUACACGUCCACUAUAAGAGGACCUAGUCAUAAUGUGUCUCACAGGUAAGAGAAUGAGCUGAUAUUUCACGUGAAACGAUACGCAAAAGAAAGCUUUUCUAGCCAGCCACUUUUCGCAAUUUUGGCGAGAAGGGUUCGUUUCUAGAGAGGCUUUCUUUUGUCGGGGUGGCACGACACGCUUUGUAAUCUUCGACCUAAUUGCUUCCGCAAUACACAACACUCCGUUCUAAACGGAUAAGCCGUUUCCUUCAAAUAUUAGCCCAUCUCAAAGCAAAAGAGUUAUUAGACUUGUCUUUGAGUUGGAGUAAUUGUUUAGCUUGCACGCAGCUCGCUGUUUCAUUGAAUAUGUGGCCCUGCUCGAAUACGUAUCGUCGACAGUUUAACGUGUCAGAUUUCGAGGCUCAAGCUGGUGAGACUGCUUGGGACACUACCCUGAAUAGGUAUGGCAAAAAUUGUUGUUUUUGCAGUUAUAUUAAGAGAGUUCUUUUUGUAUUCGAUGCAAGUUGAAAUCCUCAUUUAAAUGUAGCAAACUGCCGGAGGGAUUAUUGCUUUGCGUGUUGUGGUGAGGAAAAAGCACAACAAACCGUCACGAUAUCUCAACAAGACAUAUUGAAUUUGUACAGGUUUUAGUACUUGGAUUUGUACAAUUUAUUGAAUCAAACAACAUUCGCUAUCUGUGUUUAUAAUAUGUUCAUUUCGCAGUUAUUUAAACCGCUGGUGUUGACUGUUUCGCAAUGUCAUGUUUACAUAAUGUUUUCAGCUCAUUGUUUCGCGUGUUUCUGUAUACCUGUAUUUUAUUGCUGCAGACAAAGCCGUUGUUCCUUUAACUGUAAACCAAGACAAAAACCUUAAGAAAAUAAGCUUUUAUUAAGGAAAUCAUUUUUUAAACUCGCGGAAACGGCAAGCCUUGUUUAGAGACGAAAGUAGCUUUCAAGUUUAUGUGAGAAUGUACGAUAAAAUAUCGGCUCUAGCGUAAAAUGGUGUUGUGAAAUCUGCGGUAAGUCUUCAUAGAAAACUCAAUUUGAAUUAUUUGUUGAUCAAAUGAGAUUGUUUGUUUGCAAUUUACCCUCUUGGUUAGUCAAACAUUGUCUAUGUACUCUGCAAUGCUGUGGCGGAAUUGAUGAUUGUCAGUCCAAGCCGGCAUAGUAACGUUUUCUUUCAUUUAUAAUCAAAGAACUUUUGCCGGAAAUUGGGGGUGUUGUGAAAUCCACACAUUCUUUCAUUAAAUUUCUAUAACAAUACUCACCUAGGGUGUGUGUAUAAUAUUUUUUUAUAAAUUUUUUGGGGUAAUUUUGAUUGAUAUUUUAAUUUGACAUGUUCAAUACCAUAGCAGAUGACAGAGUCGAGUAGGUUGGGUCAUUUUCAAGUAAGCUGCCAUCAGAAUAUUGCCAGCCUAUGUCAGUAGUACUUUGUAUACAAAAGACAUUGAAUAGACUCAGAUAUUGGUAUGUCUUGCUACUUUUGACUACAUUCCCUACAUGGUUUUAUCACUGCUAAUAAUGUAUGUAGACUAUAUUGGUUUUGAUAUUUAAUGAAUUUUUUACAUGAGAUAAGAAGUCAAAAAUGACACAACAUCUGGUAGAGUGGUCUAUCAAUAUUGGUCAUACAGGUCUACCUACCAUAAACUUGCCAUGUUUUGGUUGAAAUUAUCCUAAAGAAAACUUUUGACUACUAACUUAUAGACGUAGAGCUUUCCCUCAAAACAACUAGGUUUCAAAUCACAUCAGGCAUGACUACCUGCACUUUAUUUAUAUACAGACAACACUUUUUCAUAAUCUUUUGAAUGUAGUUCCAACCAAAAUCAUACCAACCAUGACUACCUGCACUCAAUUUAUAUACAAACAAUACUUUUUGGUGUUGAAAUUUCCUACAUUUAUGUUUUACAUAGACUAAACAGCAUGAAUCAGUGUUUGUCACUUAAGUGAUUAAAAUUAUUUCAAGUUGAGCAGAAUAGAGUCUCUUGCACCUGCAGUGGGUUGUAAACUGAAAUAGAUUCCUAAAUAGGAUCUGGAAUACACAUAUACAUAUAUCUGAUAUAUCAAUCAUAGUAAAAUAUGAGUAAUUGGCCAGUAUCAGCAAAAGGUAGCCCCAGGGGGGAUGGAGAGUCUGAACCGCCUACUUUUCUUCAGGACCAAUUUUGUAAUUAUUUUAAAUCUGAGGAGGUUACCAGAAUAUAUGCAUUAUAUUAAAAAAAUUUUCUUCUGUGUUUAGUCAUCUAGAGAGUUCACAUAAGGUAUUUUUUUUAGUGUAUAAAGUAUGCUUCUAUUAGAACUGAUUUCCUAGCCUCUGUUGCUCAAAUCAUUCCUGGUAAAUGGUCACUUUUUAGAAACUCUAAAAGGUUUAAUUUAAGCUGAGAAUAGUCUGCGAUGGCAGACUGAUCUCAGCCGACCCCCCCCUGGAGCGGCGAAGAAACAGUCUGUGAUCAAUCAACACUAAUGCCAUACAGUUACCCCUGCACAACAGGGGCCGGAAUGUGAUCACGCCAAAAAUUGCAUAAAUUACAUUGUUAUGAAAAAUAAUUCAUAGUUGUUUUGCGUCCGCCAUCUUAGACUUGACAUUUUUUAAUAAUUUGAGAUUAAUUAUGCAAAAUACUGCUUACAUAACUGUACGGCAUUAGUGUUGAUUGAUUGCAGACUGUUUCUCAGCCGCUUCAGGGGGAGUCAGCUGAGAUCAGUCUGCUAUGCUGAGAAGGGCACUAUUUGUUUUUCCAUGUACAUGCAAUACUGUAAAUAUGAAAUUUGUCAGAAAUGUAGAAGGUUUUGUUGGAAAUUGAGCUGCACUGGUAGUGGACUUGCAAUAAAAGUUGUGUGACUCAGUUUCAAUGCAUUCUCAACAAGAAUGAAGUUUACAUCCAAGAUUUAGAGUAAUGAAAAAUUAAAAGUACCCUUAGUUAUUGGUACUUUUUGAAUAUUUUCUUCAUCACCAUCCACUCAGACAAGCUACUUGACCCCUCAUCAUAUAGGAAGUUCUCAUGAUGAUGUAAAGCAGUGUUGCAGUGAUAGAUUGUGACCUGUUGUAAUUCCUGUUUGCUUGAUUGCAUUGUUGAUUCCUGUUAACCUAAAAUAUACAAAACAAUAUGCUUUGAGAGCAGUGGUGUUCCAGACAGUGAACUCCUUUAUAAAUUAACAAAUUAUCCUAGAUAAGUACUAGUUUUACUGUCCUGAAAGAUGUAUUUUGUCCAUGUCAUCCGGGCAUUUUUACAACACAUUAACACCACUAUACUAUUCCUUGUUAAUGGCAGGACGUCCUACUUAGCUGUUGGAUAAGUUCUUGUGAAAUAUGUCCUCGACUCUACAAGAAUAUAAACAUGAGAAAGCUGCAGAUGGAAAGGGAUACAACUUCCUGAAAAAUACAAGGAGAAUUUCAACAUUUUGAGCGAAGGCACUUAGGGCCGAAGUUCUCCUUGUAUUUUUCAUUUAGUUGUGUCCCCAUCAAUUCCCAACUUUCUUAUUCAUGCCACUACCUACACUGGACAGACUCUGCAAUAUAAACAUGACCCCACAGAGAAACUAGUGUACUAAACAAGAACCUACUGUACUAAACUAAGACCCCCUACUAAUUGUAAGCGCACUUAAAGCGCUAACUUCCCUGAUAAAUGGUCUAAUUAUUGCGCUGAUAAAGAGCCUAAUUAACCAGUUUAAACUACGCAAAGCUGGCGUAAUAUGAUAAAAUUUCUUUGUAUUAAUGAUGAUUCUACAAGCAAGCAAAGUUUUGUACCGCCUGAAACUUUUUCACGUUCGUAGAGGAAGUAUUAAGGUCCAUACAGACCGAACGCGAUUCGACAACGCGACGCGAAUUUUCAGUUUUUAAAAACAAAUAAAACCGUCAACGGAUAAAAAUUUUACAAGAUAUGCAGACCAAAUAGCUAAAAUUGCUUAAGUGGUUCCGAAUAUUUAAAAAACAUAGAAAAAUAUUGAAAUUAAAUGUCAUUGAAAAUUGAAAAUUCGCGUCGCGUUGCCAAAUCGCGUCCGGUCUGUAUGGACCUAGCCUGCGUGCAGGCCCAAGGGAACUUGAUAGUGGGCCUGCAACCAUCGCCCGGUAUUUUGAAAUACGCCCCUUUUCAUAACACGCCCCAUUCGCGCGUCAAUUGUCAAAAAAGAACCAAUGACAGCACCCAAAUAUUAACAAACAAACUCGCAUUAAAAUAUUGCGGGGUUUUCUCUGCUUAUUCAGAACACUAAUAAACAAUGUGUAAAUGGCUGCGUUUUAACUCCAAAAAAGCAAGCAACGCAGUCAGUAAUUGCCAAAUUUGCAAGUGCUCAUUUUCAACUAAAAUCGGAACAGGCAAAUUAGGGAAGUCGGGCGACCACAUUAGGAUUUAUAUUAUGUGUGCUUCGCUGUCGCCAUUGGCAUUGUUAUAAAUAAAUUGUCUCACUUAUCAGAUCGUGUGUGCAAUUCUUGUUGGCGGCGGAAAGUACGAAAUUUAUUUCAUUUGGUAAAGAACUCUACAAAAGAAGAGAGCGUUCCGAGUCCAGAUCGUUUCGUUUCAAACGGCAAUUUAAUACCGCCUUCUGUUUCGCUCUCUCUGCGAAGCCUUGUAAAUCGCAAAGUGUUUCGAAUAGGCUUACAGUUCUUACAUCCAACUGCAUCUCAACAUCAACCAAAAGAUAAUUUUCUUGAGGAAGUGACAACACAUAACGUAUCAACUGAAGUCUGUUUGAAAUUAAUGAAACUCAAGUAAAGGUUACUAUAGUUUACCCCAGUCGUAAUGUUGCUAUUCCAACACCUCACGACAAGCAAUCCCCAUUGGCAUAACGGCAAAAACAUGUCUUCCUUCAAGUAAACAAUAAACAGUCUGUUCUUGUUCCAUUUGUAAUCGAAAAAAGUGAUCAAUUUUCAAAUUUUAAGCUUAUCGAGAGCCUUUGUCUAUGCCUUUGUGAUGAAUCACUGUUCCCUUGUGUCUGCACAAUGGGCUAGGUUAAUUAAUUACCGAUCGCCUCAGCUAGCCAAUGGGAAUUUAGCCGGCGGUUCGGCCGGCGAAAAUCGAAAACAUGGGGUGAUGGUUGCAGGCCCACUAUCAAGUUCCCUUGGGCCUGCACGCAGGCUAGUAUGGACCUUUAAGGUCCAGACACACCGGACGCGAUUCGACAACGCGACGCGAUUUUUUAGUUUUUGAAAGUUAAUAAAACAGCCAAUGAGAGCAAAUUUUAGAAGAUAUGUAGACCAAAUAACUCAAAAUGUUAUAACGCUCUAAAUAUUUGGAAAAUUUAAAGUUAUCGGUCAGUGAAAACCUUUAGGCUGGCUGGUAAUGGAUAUGGCCUUCAUGAAUCUGAAAGCGCACUCCAAACAUACUGUUUGAAAUUUUUGUAUUGGAUUAUGUUUGAUUACGUUGCCAUUACAUCUGCCCUUAGGCCAAAAAAAAAAUAUGUGGGUUUCCGGUUUCCCGACCCUACCUAGCUUUUGGACGUCGAAAUCCCGACCCUAAACUUUUUUAUUGGAUCACGCUUGUAAGUGUUUCCACUUAGAGGAAAAAGUUUGUGGAAAAUUGAAAUUUGAGGCAAUAUUAGGGAAAUUUAUCUUUGGAUGUGGAAGCACCGACUAAACAAAAUGGCGUCCGGUUGUUCGGAAAAUUAAAAAAAAAGUUAAAAAAAAAAAGUUAAAACCGACCUACCCUACCUAAGUUUUUAUAAGAAGAAACCGGAAACCCACAUAUUUUUGGCCUUAUUAAAUGGUUUUAUUUUGUUUAUAAUCUUGAAGUGUCAGUGUCAGUGCAGGUAGUGUCAAGAAUAUGAACAAGCUUUCGUUGGUAGGGAUGAAACUCUCUAAAAACUACCUUCGUACUGGGCCUUCGCUCGAAACGUCGAAAUUUUCUUUAUAUUUAUCACGUAGUUGCAUCGCUACCAACGAAAACUUGUUUAUUUUGUUUACUGAUUUUGGUUUAUUCGCAAUCUUCUUAAUGCGGGUUUUUGUACUAAGUCAAAGAAUAAAAAUCGUAUUAUAAGAUUAGUGUAUAGAAUACAGUGCAGGUUAGUUUAAAUAUGGUCAGUAAACUUCGAAAUAUUACUUUUUAUAGUAGUAUUUGGCCACUUAAUAUGCAUUUGUUCGACUUGAGCAUUUUCAAGAUUAUACAUGUUUUUACAACUAUAAUUACAAUAAUAUUCUUCUUGCAUUAUACAAGCAAUGAAUAAUUUCACAUCGUCAUCAGGCUAAGCCAUUGGGUAAGCAUGUAUUUUUAAUAUAUAAUUUUGUGAUGGUCAAAUCUAAUGCACUUUACGCACUUAGAAGUCGAGACGCAGACAGCAUAUAUACUCUGCUUAUUAGCAUAAUCAGCGUUUAACUCUCCUAUGUAAGGUAAGGAAAGCGACACCUAGGUUUUGCUGCGUGUUCAGUUAUGAUUCGUAUGGCGGCAACCACAGAGGCGUGGUCGUAAGUCUUCGACUUAAUCACGUUUGAGAGAUGCGUCCAUCGUGAAACAGCAUUGGGCUGCAAAGUAUGCAAAUUACCACGUGUUUCUACACCGACUGCUUUGAUAUAACUGUAUGGAGAUAUUAAAUAGGACGUACUAGUCGGGCUGCCUGCGAUUAUGUGCAAUUCGCCCCAUUACGUCUUACAGUAAUAUAUCAUUACUCCUUCUAACGGUACACCAUUUUACUGAUCAAAGGGAGACUAUAAUGAGUUAAGCUGACUAAACGACUUUUCCCUAUGUCACAUCGCCCACGUGAUCAGCACAAUUGAACUCCCAAUUCAGUGCUCAUAAUUUUUAUGAUAACUAGUUCCACCAAUGUUCUCCUGAAAUGUACACAUGUACCAGCACAUGCAUGCACUCACUGAUUCUUACAUGUUGUUUUUUCCAGUUACGUUCAAUCAAUGAAACCGACAAAAAUGGUGGACAUACAGGACAGGAGUUUAUCAGAUCACUCCAUUUUCGUUGGCUACGGUUCAAAUGCAAAGCGUAUAAAAGAUCGCUGGGAGGCAACUAAAAAGCAACUUCGCUUCGAGAAUAACUACAUUGCUCUUAAAUGGCUACUGGAUAGCUUCGUUGACGACUACCUAAGAUCCAAGAAUAUGGAAGAUACAGCAACUCUAACUAGAGAAACAGUGUUUAUAAAGAAAGAACGACGAGACGAAAUUACCUCGACUCAAAGCCGACGACCAGUGAAUCAUCAUAGUCCUUCCAAGACAAGAUUUGAAGACACAGUUACAGAACGAAAAGAGAAUGGAAUUAUAGACAAACCAUUACAUGGCCACGCCUCUGAGUCACGUCAGCACGUAUCGUCCAUUAAAGAACGCAGAUCAGGUGAUGGUUCGAGAAUAGCUAGCGGCGAUCUGCACAUCGCAGGACAAUAUCCUUACAAGUACGUUCCCGAAUAUUGGUCACCAUAUUACCAUUGGCAUGGUAAUGUACCUGUGAAUUCUCGUAUAGUGAAUGUUACUUCGAUACCAGGCUACUCGGGGUAUAUGAUGAAAACUCCCAGUUGUUCUUCCCUACCCACUCGAGACAUCCAGAAACCCGCUGGUGGGUUGAGAACAUGUGAAUCUCUAAAACAGUUAAAUCGGGAUGGAAACGACGAACGAGGAGAAUCGUCGACAGUGAGUGAGAAACGUCCUGCAGUUAAUCUGGGAUUUAAAACAAAAUCCAUGCCCAAUCUUCAGUUUAUUCCGAAAGAAAAUGAAGUGAAUUCGGAGGAAGAAGACGAAAUUGAAAGUGACCCAGAGAGUCAAGGUGAUCUUAUAGCUCUCUCAACGUCUAGUCUAUCCAUGCCUAACCUACGGAAGAUACCCCAAGACCGUGUCCCUCGACUGUCUCCUCCCUCGCGUGGACAUUUCGAAGCCGCGCCGCUUCUCCGUGACGACGUAUGUAACGCUUCAAGUUUCUCAAUGCCCAAUCUCAAAGCAAUACAAGGAGGUAUUGAACAUGACGAUCGAAAGAAGACGAUACGAGAUUUUGUAAUCAAUCGUCUUACAGGCACAAAGGAUCACGACCAAGCCGAGCUCAAGACGAAAAUUUUCAAUCCAAACGGUUUCUAUCCACCGUCAAGCUUGCGGGACUCUGAGCGGAAACUUGUGAUUCGUGAACGGUUGUUGAAUCGCCUGGCGAAACGCAAGCGCGAGGAAAACAUACAAGCACCUCACCAUAAUGGCAAGAUGACGUCACAAGGUACGUCACGUUUGAAGUUUGCUAGAACAUUACCGCAAGUGUCGGAGAGUAGGCUGUGGCCUGAAAAGAAUUAUAUGCAAGCACGUGACGCUCGCAUGCUAGACAAGGACGAUCAUGCAAAUAAUAACUGGAAAGUUCCCCAAGCGGUUGGAAGUUCUGAACAUUCAAGAAACAUGGUUGGUAUUUCGUUUUUGACGUAUCUUACGAGUUCACCCAUUCAGUCACGAUUCUCCUCAAUUGACUUCUCUUUGGGCGAUGUCUUUUCUCUUCUCUCAAAAUUUUACCACUUGGUUGACCUUCUUCUCCCAACCUCAGGAAAGCUUUCCUUCGUGAUUUUGGUCACUCCUUCUUGAGACAUUCGCAGUGGCGAGGCUAGCCAUGGCAACUGGUCAUACUGUGCUAAUAAACCUGCAUCUAAAUAGGUUGACGACAAUACAUUUCUAAAGAUUUGAAUAAUGCAAAUCAUUAAAAAUUUACACAGUAUCACCUGUUGUUAUAGCUAGCUUCGCCACUGGACAUUCGCAAGACAUGCCCGAACAAAGUGAGCCUUCUUCCCCGGUAAUUAUCAAAUAUUCUUCUUCAGUUGUCAUGUAUUCAACAUUGGGUACAAAUCAUGCUAGUAAUCUGACAUGAUAUACCGUAAACCUCCGACUAGAAGCCCCCCCCCCCCCCC